CUUUCCUCGACUGCCCUUUGAAUCUAACCACCCCCAACCAUUGGCCUUCUUUGACCCGUGAUCCAUCGCGUGAGGUCUCAACCAACUUACGACCACCAACCAAGCCUCCGGACACCUGUAAAAAAAACUCAAAAUGGCUGCUGAGCCCAACCCCAAGGCGUUUCCCCUGGCCGACGCCGGCCUGACGAACCAGAUCCUGGACCUGAUCCAGCAGGCGUCGCACUACAAGCAGCUCAAGAAGGGCGCCAACGAGGCCACCAAGACCCUCAACCGCGGUAUCGCAGAGUUCAUCGUCAUGACUGCCGACGUGGAGCCCAUUGAGAUCGUCUUGCACCUGCCCCUGCUGUGCGAGGACAAGAACGUUCCUUACGUUUUCGUCCCAUCCAAGACCGCCCUUGGUCGUGCUUGCGGUGUCUCGCGCCCCGUUGUCGCCGCCAGUGUCACCACGAACGAGGCACGCGAGCUGCAGAGCCAGAUCCAGACUGUCAAGCUGGCGAUCGAGCGCCUCCUCAUCUAAGGUUCUCGGCCUUUUGGGGUAGUUCAAUGUACAGUCGAAUAGCCUCUGCCUUCAUCAAUCUGUAUUAUGUUCAGUCCCCUAAGCUCAGCAUGCGAUGGUGGAUUGAAGGGUC